GCCCCGGCCAGCCCAGCUGUGAGCGCGCGCGCGAGUGUGUGACAGUUCGUCGCCAGCUUUCGCACAACAAGGAAGAGGAGGGUAUGUCACUGAAGGGAAACCUGGAACGGACGUGAAGCGCUAGUUUCCCCCUCCGAGGCUGCUGACAUCUUCCAAUCAGCUCCAUGGCUUUGUGGAUCAGCUGACUGUAGUUUCUUUUGAAGAUGGAUAUGAACAGAGACAGCAGGGCCAUGUCUGCAUGUACUUCAUGAUUUCCUUCAGCGUGAAGAGAUUUGAAUGCUGAGCCCUCAUUAGCUGCCUGUUAGUGGGAUUGUCCAUACCUGUGUUCAAACAUGGCUCCUGUUCCUCCAGGGGUCCGCCUGCUGGUGUCCUUUGACAGGGACCAAUGGUACAGAGCUCUCACCUUCAUCCUGACCUUCUUGCUCUACACCAGUUUCCACCUGUCCAGGAAACCAAUUAGUAUCGUCAAGAGUGAGCUUCAUAAGAACUGCUCAGCCGUCAGUGAAGCAGCCAUCAUUGCAUCCAGCAGCAGCCAGCAGCCCUCCCUGUCAUCUCUGCACACAGAUGUCGACUGCAGCUGGAAACCUUUUGAUAAAAGCAAUUACAAACAGCUGCUGGGAGCCAUGGACUACUCCUUUCUGUGUGCUUAUGCAAUUGGAAUGUACUUGAGCGGCAUUAUCGGGGAGCGCCUGCCCAUUCGUCUGUACCUCACAGUGGGCAUGCUGGCCAGUGGCGUGUUCACUUGCCUAUUUGGGCUUGGCUACAUCUACAACAUCCACAACCUGAGCUUCUAUAUAUUUGUCCAGGUGGCCAAUGGCUUGGUUCAGACCACUGGUUGGCCUAGUGUAGUGACCUGUAUCGGCAACUGGUUUGGAAAGGGAAGGCGUGGACUCAUCAUGGGGCUGUGGAACUCUCACACUUCAGUGGGAAACAUUUUGGGCUCUCUGAUUGCCGGCUACUGGGUCUCCUCCAACUGGGGCAUGUCCUUCAUCGUACCAGGGCUCAUCAUCAUCAUCAUGGGCGUGGUUUGCUUUCUCUUUCUCAUUGAGCAUCCUAAUGAUCUAAAAACCAUCUAUACACAAAAUUCAUCUCUAGGCAAGACUGUCCCAACCCACAGCUGGAAUGGAGUGAACGGACACACAGAGGUGUAUCUACAGUACAAGGACAACAAAAAUCAGGUCUGCUAUUAUUACAAGGAUAGUAUUCAAAACAGGAAGAGCUACGACACAGAGCUCCUGUUGCCCAGAGACAGCGAGCGCAUCCCCAUGCAGCCGGUUGUGGUGGUGAAGAGUGAGUCGGAGCCGUCUGCCAUCAGCUUCAUGGGAGCGCUACGGAUACCAGGAGUGGUGGAGUUCUCUCUGUGUCUGCUGUUUGCUAAGCUGGUCAGCUAUACUUUCCUGUUCUGGCUGCCGCUCUACAUCACCAAAGCAGCUCACCUGGAUGCCAAAAAGGCAGGAGAUCUGUCCACACUGUUUGACGUGGGAGGAAUUGUGGGGGGCAUCUUAGCAGGCGUGAUCUCUGAUAAAUUGGGGAAGCGAGCCACCACCUGUGCAGUCAUGUUACUGCUGGCUGCUCCUACACUUUACGGCUUCUCCAUGAUCAGUCAGUUUGGUUUGGGGCCAACGAUUGGGAUGCUCUUAGUGUGCGGAGGUCUAGUGAAUGGACCGUAUGCGCUCAUCACAACUGCAGUGUCUGCUGAUUUGGGCACCCACAAGAGCCUGAAAGGCAACGCCAGAGCAUUGUCUACAGUCACAGCCAUCAUUGAUGGCACAGGAUCCGUAGGUGCAGCACUCGGCCCCCUGUUAGCUGGACUGCUGUCUGCAGGCGGCUGGGAUCAGGUCUUCUACAUGCUGAUGACUGCUGACUUUCUUGCUCUGUUGCUUUUGCUACGGCUUGUGACAAAGGAGCUGGCCUCAUCUAAAUCCCGUCCUAUCUCCACUGUAGAGUUGAAGGAACACUGAGCACUUUGAUUGCACUGUGUACACACAUACACGCAGAGUGCAAUGAUACCACCUAGGGUCUGAUAUGGAUUGUGACUGGACUGUCCUGACAGAUGAAACUGUUUGUUAAUAAACCAACAUGUAUGCUCGUGUGCACCUACAAUCAUGCUGCAGUGCUUUGCUGAUGAGGAGCUAUGACUGAAGUUGCAGCUGCUGCGCUGAUCAAGCAGCGGCACACUUAGCCUGAAAGUCUCAUGUGUACUUAUUGUACUUGCAUAACUUCCCAAUGUCCUUCUUAGCCCUUGAAUUCAGUUUGAACUUGAUGACUGGCAUGUCUUUCUGCUCACUUGUAUGUUGGAACGUUUUCAGCCUUACCUGUCCAGUUAAUUUAUGGGGCUAUUUGUAAUUUUUACAGUGGUACCCAGUGUUGUCAGCUUUGAUAGUUGUUUUUAAAGCUAUCAAUCACAGAAUUAAGAAACAGCUUCAUCAGAAUUGGGGUCGUUGCCAGGACUAAAAAAACGUCAGAGCCUGCUACAAAAACUGCAAGCAUGCAGUUUUUACAGUUUACUUCCUGUGUAGUUCUGUAGCAAAUAUACAGGAAACAUACCUGAUAGAGUCUCAGGUAACACUGUACUCACCCAGGACUUCAUGAUAAAUAGCACUUUAACGACUGUGAUUCUGCCAAGCACCACUAAAACUGGAAGCACCACAGGCUGCUAGGUCUUUGUGUCCUUACUGCCUUUUUGUGUAUGAUUUGUAUUUUCAUACAGUUCAUUUAUCUGGUGCCAUGUGAGCGGUCUGUCAAAGUUUGAGGCUCAUGAGGAUUGG